AAACCGGAAGUCCUCUACCUGAUCCUGCCCCUGCCAACAUGGCGGCUGACACCGAUGAUGGUGAUUAUUUUGUGAGAGAAAUUGAGAAGAACGAUGGUUGUACCCUGAAAGUGAAGCAGUGCUACUUGGGAGAUGUUGGCUGUGUUGUUUGGGAUGCAGCCAUCGUCCUGGCAAAAUAUUUAGAGACGAAACAGUUUUAUGAUCCGUCCUCAGGAGUGAACGUCUGGGCUGGCAGCAGUGUUGUGGAGUUAGGAGCUGGGACAGGAGUAGUUGGUCUGAUGGCGGCAACACUGGGAGCUGUAGUUACUGUGACAGACCUGGAGGAUCUGCAGACCCUCCUGAGGGUGAACAUUCAAGAAAACCAGGCCCUUAUCAGUAGUGGAUCAGUUACUGCCAAGGUACUGAAAUGGGGUGAAGAUGUGUCUGAUUUCCGGCCUCUCCCACAUUAUGUCCUAAUGGCAGAUUGCAUCUAUUAUGAGCAGUCUAUUGUUCCUCUGGUUGAGAGCUUGAAGCUGCUCUCUGGACCAGAGACCUGCAUUAUUUGCUGCUAUGAGCAACGCACAGAGGGCGUCAACCCAAACGUGGAGAGGAGGUUUUUUGAGUUGCUGCAACAAAACUUCAACUGUGAGGAGAUCCCGUCAGCCAAGCAAGACCCAGAGUUUAGUAGUCCAGACAUCCACAUCCUGCACAUCUGCAGAAAAGUCUAAGAUUGUGUAGAAACAUUUGUGUGUAUAGUAAUCAGUGUCAUCCCCAAAACCACAUGGAAAUCAGAUUGAAAGUAUGUACUGGUAUGUGUAUAAUAUUAAAUGUAUCUUCAUUUCUGCACUCUUUUAAAUGUUUUUUUUAAAAAUAAAAAUAUGUUUCUGAUAUCACUAAA